ACAGCAGCCUACGUUUAUUUUCGCGGGAAAUCUUGUCUGCGGUGGUGUUUUCUUUGGAGGCCGUUUCUUUCACAGCUUAACUUUUUCCUAUCCGGUGUUUGAAUUAAAUCAAACCGAGCUUUUUUACCUAUAAAUUAUUGAUUGUAUUGUUUUAUCUGAACAGCAGCAGACAGCAAGGAAACAGGAUGAAGUAUUUCACCCGGCUGAGAGUCAGACGAGUCUACAAGUGGCGAGGAGAGCCUAUCAGUUUCAACAGGAAGUUAAAAACAUGUGAAUAUGCCUCGUUGGACAUUAGUGUGGAGGGUCUCCCCCGGGUCACUGUUAUUGAAACCGGCCAACACAUCCUCAUAGAGGGAGAAGAUGAAGACAACCCAUAUGUGGCCAAAGUCAUCCGGCUUUAUGGAGACGAGAACGGGAAACAAAAGAAAGUGGUGGUUCAGUGGUUUGCUCGUGUGUCUGAAGUGCCUUUGAGCAAGCUGAAGCUGCUGGGCAGAGAGCCUCACCCUCAGGAGAUCUUCUACUACCAGGGCCGCAGCUGUGAUGACGAGGUGAACGCCGAGUCCAUCCUCAGACCUGUGAAGGUACAGCGUCUGGAUGGAGCCGCUCCGUUCCCAGACUCUGAAGACCAGGACACCCUGUAUGUGAAGCUGUCCUGGGACUCAAAGAGCUUUAAGGGGGUUGACUCUGCUCAGGUGGAUUCUGAUCUUUCUCCAGAUUGCUCCUCUUGUCCGCCUCCCUAUUCCAGAUCCUCCUUCCCCCCAUCAACCCCUUGCUCUCCUCCUGCAGCGACUCCAGCGUCCCAAGGCCCGGCUUGGCGCGCCCUACCCACUCCGGACCUCGACAUCAUGCGCCGGGCAGCUAUUGGGGAAGUGAGAAACUACCAGGCCACAAUGAGCGCAGGGAAACCCAGACUUGCAGAAGCAGAGUCGAUGCACUCUGCCACCAAAAGGUCGGCCUCAAAAUGCCUGAGCGCCAAGAGGAGGAACCCCUCUGCAAGAACGCCCGGCAUCCGCAAGAAACUAGAGCUUAGCAGUCCAGAGAAGAGGUCUGUGAUCGCUGAGGACCUGAACCAGCUGCUGGACGAGGACUCAGAGUCGGAGCUGAUGUUGGCUCAGAGACUGUCGUCGUCUCCUCCUCUGGCUGUCAUGCUCAAACACAGCCUCACCCCCCCAAGGAAGAACCUGAAGCCAUCUGUCCUCCUCAACAAAAUGUGUCUGUCUGAAAUCAACAGUUCUCCAUCAUCAGACCACUCCACCAGUCCUCAGCAGGGGGAGUUGGUGAUGGACGAAGUGUUACCAAAUAUCUUUGUUAGGACACCCAGGAGAAGAAAUGCCACACCAAAGAAACCCACCAGGGGGCAGAAAGCUACCACUCCCUCAACAAAAAGGCAACUGCAAACACUGAAGGAACCCGCCCUGGAAAUGCUUGCUGAGGUGGAUAAUGAAUCCUCACCGUUUGUGGCGGUCACCGCCACACCGAGGAGCUCCAAGAGAAAGUCGGCCCAGUUGGUGUCCUCUCGAAUCAGAAAACAGCUGAAUCUUCUGGACAAGCAGGACCUCAACUCAGACGGAGAGGACGAAGACGAGUUUGUUCCAUCCAAAAAGGAACUCCAGAGCAGCAGUGAGGAUGAUGAUGAUGUGGAAAAGGAGGCAGGGCUAGAUAGCGAUGAGGAGGUGGUGGUUAAAAAAGGCAGACAUACUGCGGCAGGGUCUCGUACUUCUCGCUCCAAGCAGAGAACUCACACCUCCACCAGAACGCCGCGAAGAACCCCAAACAAGAAGUUCACACCCGGCACGCCACGGACUCCUCACCACGCCACUCCCAGCAUCCCCUGCAGGUUGAGACCAGCACAACAGCCCGCUAAUGUUCUAGAAGAGGCCAGACUGAGGCUGCAUGUGUCUUCAGUGCCAGAGUCUCUGCCCUGCAGAGAGCAAGAGUUUCAGGACAUCUACAGCUUUGUGGAGAGCAAAGUUGUUGACGGCACGGGGGGGUGUAUGUACAUCUCUGGUGUGCCAGGCACGGGUAAGACAGCCACAGUUCACGAGGUGAUGCGCUGUCUGCAGCAUGCCACCGAUGUGGACGAGAUCCCUCCUUUCCACUUCAUCGAGAUCAAUGGGAUGAAGAUGACAGAUCCUCAUCAGGCCUAUGUCCAGAUCCUUCAGAAACUCACAGGUCAGAAGGCCACGGCAGACCACGCAGCAGCUCUGUUGGAGAAGAGAUUCAGCAACCCUGCGCCCAGGAAGCAGAGCACCGUGCUGCUGGUGGACGAAUUGGACCUGUUAUGGACCAGGAAGCAGAACGUCAUGUACAAUCUGUUUGACUGGCCGACACGGCGCAACGCCCGCCUGGUUGUGCUGACCAUCGCCAACACUAUGGACCUGCCGGAGAGGAUCAUGAUUAACAGAGUGGCCAGCAGACUGGGUUUAACAAGGCUGUCUUUCCAGCCGUACAGCUUUAAACAGCUUCAGCAGAUCAUCACGUCCCGGCUGAACAAGGUGAAGGCCUUUGAGGAGGACGCACUGCAGCUGGCGUCCAGGAAGGUGGCCGCUCUGUCGGGCGAUGCUCGCCGAUGUUUGGACAUCUGCCGCAGGGCGACAGAGAUUUGCGAACACUCUGCUGCAGACACAGGAUUGGUGGGAAUGAGUGACGUGAUGGAUGCUCUGAAUGAAAUGUUUUCCUCCGCUUACAUCACUGCCAUCAAGUGUGUGUCGGUGCAGGAGCAGCUCUUCCUCAGGGCCAUCAUUGCAGAGUUUCGGCGGCUGGGAUUGGAGGAGGCCACUUUCCAACAGGUGUUUGUGCAGCAUCAGGCCCUUUGUCGGGUGGAGGGCCUGCAGCCUGUCAGCGUUUCCGAAGGUCUCGCUGUAUGUCAGCGUCUGGGGGCAUGCAGGUUACUGCUGUUGGAGCCCAGCCGCCUUGGGGUUCUGCAGCGAGUCCGCCUCAAUGUAAGCCAAGAUGACGUGCUCUACGCCCUCAAGGCCGACUAAAAGAGAUUACUUCUCACUCAUUUAUCUAAACUACGUUACAUAAAUAAGUUAAACACACUAAUAUACUGAAUCCAGUUUCUAAACCUAAAGACUUUUUUGCAGUUGUCUUUAUUUUAAAUGUGUCAAUUCCCCAGUUUAAUUUUAGAUUUUUCUCACUCUGCAAUUAUUUUUAACAUUGUAACUGCAUCUUUUUUUAUUUCUCAAUACCUGAAUAUGCAAUAAAAGUAUUAUUAUUAGCAACUCUUUAUUAUUUUCUUUUUUGGAAUGUUAGUAAUCAGUUGGGCCAGCAAGGCCUUCUCUGCUCCACUAUCACAAUAACAUGUAUUAAAUUAUUUCCUAAAGUC